UGACGUCACCGCCCUGAGCGGAAGCGGCGGCGGGGAAGAUGGCGGCGCCGGGGGAGUCGGGAGGGGAGGCGGCGUUCGCGCGGCGCAUCGACCCUGAGCGGGAGCCGGGACUUAGCCCCGAGCAGCGCCAGCUCAUGGCGCAGGUGGAGCGCGCCCAGCGCCAUCGCGCUCUGCAGCGGCGGCUCCGCGGCCGCAACACGCUGCUGGCGCUCGGCAUCGGCGCGGUGGCGGUUGGCAUCUACGGCUACACCUUCUACUCGGUGUCGCAGGAGCGGUUCCUGGAUGAGCUGGAGCAGGAGGCGGAGGCGGCGCGGGCGCGGGCACGGGCGCGGGCCGAGAGCGCAGCGACCUGAUUAGGGAGCGCCCGGCCCAGCCCCGGUGAAGCCCGCGAGUGAGCUGCAGCCCCCGCGGGGCAGGACGGGCUGGAGCACUGGGGGAUCGCCUGGCCGUGAGCACGGGGUAGCCGGCCUUGCGAGGGUCUGGGCUGCUCAGUGCGACCCAGGGAAAUGCACUGAGGGGCUCCCCUGCAGGCAGGGCUUCCUCCCCUGCAGGCAGCCGCCUUUCUCCUGAAGAGCAGACGGGGACUUGGCCAGGGACUUGCUCUUGCGAAGGGCAGGGGUGCCCAGGUCCCUGUCGCUUUCCACAAUAAAUACCCUGUCUGGA